AUGGCUGCAACUAUCACCGACAAGAUACCCCGGCUCUACCAGUCCGAGCUCUUCGAGGAAGCCAAGAAGCGCAACAUCAUCAUCCGCGCCGACACCGGCACCGGGAAGACGUUCGUCGCGCUCAACCUGAUCAAAUGGACCGCCGUCCAGACCCAGGCGACCCUGAAGCAUCACCAUAUCCAGGCCUUCCUUGUGCCUACUCGUCCGCUCGCCCACCAGCAGGCCGAUUACAUCCAGACCCAAUGUGCCCUCCGUGUCAAAGCCUACACAGGCGACAUGCAGCCAGAGCUGUGGAAUAUCGAAAAAUGGCGCUCGGAACUAAUCGAGGUCGACGUGAUGGUCUCGACGGCCCAAAUAUUUUACGAUUUGAUCUCCAAAGGAUACUGGAAAUUAGAAGAUGUAUCCUUGUUAAUUUUUGAUGAGGCGCACCAUUGUCGAAAAAAUCAUGUAUACAACCAAAUAAUGCGGAGUCAUUAUCAUCGCCUAGCCCAAAAUCCCACACUGCGUCUACCCAAGAUUCUAGGACUGACAGCUUCGCCUAUCUGGAACUUUACUGACGUAUACAAAGCAGAAACCGAUAUCAGGACCCUCCAGUCCGCCCUUGCAGCCCAAAUAUACGAAGUCAAGAUACAUACCGAAGAUGUUUGCAAGCAUAACUUCAAGCCCCAUGAAAAGGUCAUAUACUUUGAUCCUUCUCCGGAUUUCGAAAAACCUUCUCAUCCUCCAUGGCCCCAGAUCAAUGAGUUAAUAAGCUUGCAUGCCAAUCCCAAACUGAUCGCCGCCAUGCAAUCGGUCUCUGUGGAACUGGGCAGCUACGCGUACUCGUUGGCUGUCCUUGAUUGGCUCACAUCACUCUUGACUGCCGGUGGCUCAAAUCAAUGGAUCUCUUCCCGCCUCUUCGAUCCAAACCAGCAAGAACAAAUUCGAGAGAUGGUCAAGCAACUCGAGGCGCAUGUGAACAUUGAUCAUAUCCCCGAAGACCAGCUCUCGGCGAAGGUCAUAGCCUUGAAUAGGCUCCUUGUCAAGUACAAAGAAGAGGACGACCACAAAAACUUUCUCUGUAUUGUGUUUGUCGAACGCCGGCAACACGCCCAACUAUUACCGAUUCUGUUGCAGCGCAACGCCGAGCUGAAAGACUUUAUACGUCCUGCAGCCUUGACCGGACAUGGCGGAGGCAACGAGAGGGACCUGAGUGCGAUCAAGAUGGACUCGAAAACGCAAAACAAGACCGUGGCAAAGUUCAGGACCGGCGAAAACAAUUUGACCAUUGCUACCAGUGUCGCUGAGGAGGGUCUGGACUUCCGCUCAUGCAGGGUAGUCAUACGAUUUGAUCUUAUUACUACUUGGAAAGGUUACAUUCAAUCACGUGGCCGAGCUCGAGCCCGUGAAUCGGACUACAUCGUCAUGCUCCCUACUGGCACAUCGAAUAAGUAUUUAGCAUUCAAUGGGAAAGAGGAUCAACUCAAAGCAGCACUUUAUAAUCGUCCAGAGGAUGAGCUGAUUGAAGAGGGCGAGUUGGAAUCAACUCCUCAGUUGAUUUGCCGACUCCCAGAUGGAAAGGACUCGAUCUUGACCUACAGCGCGGCGCCGAGUCUUUUGAAUGACGUCUGUCAACUGAUCCCGCCCGAUGAAUUCCUUCCAGUCCUUUUGCCGGAAUAUGAGAUGUCGUGGUUGGGGGAUACAUUUAAAUGCCAAGUUACGCUUCCUCCGAUGGCUGCUCUCCCUCCUUCCCAGCGGACGUUUACUGGACUCGAGAUGCCGACCAAGAGAGAUGCCAGACGCUCAGCCGCUUUCGAAGCCUGUAAAGUCUUGAGAGAGCUCGGUGUCCUCAACGAACAUUUCCUGCCUCAGCGAGAAGAUAAGACCGCUGAAGUUCGUGACGCGGAUGGUAGAGAGAUCAAUGAGACUAAACUGCCAGAUCACGCCGAGGCAAUCGUCCCAAACGUCUACGGCGAUUUCCGGACCUCAUCCGAAGUUUGGCUUCAUCAAUUCUCUUUCCCGGAUGAUAGUCCAGCCGGAUUCUCGACGAUGGGUCUCUUGUGUGCUCGCCAUCUGACCAUUCCGGAUGGCUUGCAGCUGUUUGAUCACUGCGCAGACAGCAGACCUCUACCCGUCAAGAUCGACCGAAGCGAAAGGUUGGAAUGGGAGAAGAACGAUGCACUCUUCAACUUGCAAAGAUUGGAGAAUUUCACUCGACUGGUCGUCCAAGCCGCUAUAAACCGGAAGCCGUACGAAGGGAAAUUCUAUUUUCUCGUCGCUCCUCUUCUCAAGGAUACAUUCAAGAUUGAUUGGGGUCUUGUGGACACUCCGAUCAUUCCACUCUCAAGUUCCGCAGACGCUUCACGUUACCCAUGUACGGUCGUCCCCUUCCGACCCCCCAAGUGCAGGAUAUUCGAUACGUGCGAACCGGCCGGCGGUUUAUCCGAGUCCUCUCCCCCUGCGCUUGUAACUUCUCCUCCGCAUAUGCAAGGGUUUUGUAAAACGAUCUCCAAAUUUCGUACACUCGGCGACUUUUACCGGGUUGUUUACUGUUUGGAUGAAGAGCAGGUAAAGGGAGAGUUAGUAUAUCUUCAAAGCACUUUUGAGCUCUUGAACAAUCUCUCGAAGUCCGAAUCAACUCUGGAACAUCCUCGCCGCAUCUUGCUACCUCUGAAGCUCUGUCGAGGAACAAACAUCCCCCGGUCACUAUGGAAAGUAUUUAGCUACUUACCAUCGCUGACCCGUCUCGUGCACGAUUCAAUCCAGGCGACUGCCCUGUUCAAGCGACUGGAUUUCCCAAUGAUAUCAGUGCAACUUGGAAUUCAAGCACUAACUCCACCAGGGGCCGGGCUUCCUUGGGACUACCAAACCCUUGAGACGGUGGGCGAUGCGUUCCUCAAGCUGGCCACCUCGGUUCACGUCUAUCUCAGUCACACAAAGAAGGGCGAAGGUGAUAUGAGCCAUGUACGAUCCAAAUCGGUCGAUAACGCCUACCUCCGACCGAAAGCGAUUCAGGCCAAUCUGCCAAGCGCCAUCCUCGGCCAACGAUUUCGCAUAGACAGAUUUCGAGACGCCCAAACAGAGGAUGGCACAGAGCUUGCCGACGGGAACUUCUCGAGGAAGAUCCCUAGACGGGUGUUAUCCGAUGUUGUUGAGGCUCUCCUGGGGGCUGGGUUCCUCACUACUGGGAUUGAGCUUGGCUUGAAAAUCGGAACGGCUCUGGACCUGUGCUUCGGCGGCACCUCCCCCUGGAACGAACGGACGCUUAAUAUUGUUUUCGAGAGCGGUGCACACAGCAGACUCCAGCCAUCCAUCCUCGCCAGCUGCCAGACGCUCCAGCAGAAGGUCGGCUACAAGUUCAAAGAGCCAUUAUUGUUGGUUCAAGCGCUAACCCAUCGCAGCGCCAACUCAUUCAUCACGAACUGCUACGAGAGGGAGGAGUGGCUUGGGGAUGCGGUGAUCGACAUGUGGAUCAUCCAACAUGCAUACAACCGCUAUGCCAACGCAACUGCGGAAGAAUUGACUCUUGCCCGAGCCAAGGUGGUUUCUAAUGGUAGUCUAGGCUUCUUGGCAAUCAGGAAGCUAGGACUGCACGAGAUCAUCAUGCACAAGUCUGAGACCUUCAAACAAGCAUGUGCUGAGGCCAUCGAAGCCAUCAAACCCUUCACAAAGAUCGAAGAGUUCUUUUCAAACCUUAAUAACCUCUUUGUGGUCUUCGAUCCGCCUAAGAUCUUGAACGACGUCUUGGAGGCCGUGGUAGGUGCAGUGUUCAUCGAUAGCGGCUUCGAUCUUCCAACCGUCUAUCGGACCCUGGACAUAAUCUUCGAGGAUGUCACCCCAGGCCUUUCUCGGCUGAUUGCUCGUGACCCGUUGUCCACCAUGUUGAGACUCCGUGACCGGUACCAAUGUACCGAAUUGCGUCGAACAUCAACGACCGUGACUGAGCCCCAUCCCGAUGGAAAGGACCACGACCCCAUUUCAUUUAAGGUCUGUCAGAUCGAGUUCCAUGGCGAAGUGAUCGCGAGUGGGCGGCACAAGAGUUCAAGCGUGGCCGAGCAGAGGGCUUCACUCGAGGCGCUCAAAGUCUUGCAAGUAACAUCCUCGGAAAGUCCCGCAUCAAAUUCUGUGUGGUCAAGAUGUCAAUGCAAGACACUCGCCGUAGCCGCAUCAGCAAUGACUGCCUCAAGCCUGGCUGGCAGCAUUCUAAGCGAAGAAAAACAUGAAUAG